CUAAACCAGGUCUAAACCAGGUCUAAACCAGGACUAAACCAGGACUAAACCAGGACUAAACCAGGACUAAACCAGGUCUAAACCAGGACUAAACCAGGACUAAACCAGGACUAAACCAGGACUAAACCAGGUCUAAUCCAGGUCUAAACCAGGUCUAAACCAGGUCUAAACCAGGACUAAACCAGGUCUAAACCAGGUCUAAACCAGGUCUAAACCCUUAACAGUCCAAAUCCCUGUUUAAUUCCUUGUAUCAGGUCUAAAGUCUUGUGGUUGUGUUUUUCAGGGCCGUGUGCAGAAAACAUGAGCUGACGCAGUUUGAGCUGGAGGUCUAUACCCAGGACCUGGUCACCAAGAGGCAGCAGAGAGAGGAGCUGGCCACCGGGAUGGUGCGCACGUUCUCGCUCAAAGGCGUCACAAAUAAACUGUUUGGUGCCGAGGCUCCAGAGCAGAGAGAGGCUCGGCUGAAGCUGCUGGAGGAGCUGAUCUGUGAAGGUCAGGACGGGGUCAAAGACAAGACGCUGGAGUGUCAGGAGCAGGUGGAGCGGGGACUCGUCGACAUGCAGAGAUUUAAAGAACAGAAGGACAAAGACCUGAAGGAGGCGCUCAUCAGCUACGCCCUCAUGCAGGUGUCCAUGUGCAAGAAGGGAAUCCAAGUCUGGAGCAACGCCAAAGAAUGUUUCCUCAAGAUGUAACUCAAGAGUUUAGAACGAACUAAACCUGAACAGUUUGAACCAGAGCUGUGCAUUAUGGGAAAAAGAGAAAACCAUUUGAACAAGUGUGAGAUUUCCACUUUGACAGGUUCAGAGGAGGGAGGACUGUUACAUUUACUCCAGGAACUUUUAAAACAAAUGGUACUUUUCUAGUGUAGAGGCUGGAAAAUGCCACGUGUAAAAACAGACGCCCCUCAAAAUGUUCUUCUCUUAUUUGAGGAUUUGAUUUUCAUUCAACAGUUGAUGUGGUUCCAUUAUCUGUUUGAGUUAAAGUGCAUUUCCUCCACUGUCCAGUAGAUGGCGAGUGUGGCGCAGUGUUGGUGGAGAGUAGACUGAGAGCUGCAGAGGAAGAAUCCUCCUGAAGUAAAGCAACACAUGAUCUGUCUGUUCUUCUAUUUACAGGUUUGGAACACGAAAAUCACCAGUUUUAUGUCAAGUAUCAAAGUUAGAAGAGGUCAAAGGUUAAACUGAGUGUUGUGGGUAAAAGUGGAACAAAGUUUAUAAAGGUUUUUGAGCACAUCGAAAUCUCAUAGA